CUUUGCUUGUGGUGUAUAGUUCUUACUUUGCAUGUGGUUGAAUCAUUCCUCCUGCUUAUACUCAUAACGUGUCCUGUGACAAUUAUGAUUUAGAGACGUUUUUUUUUUUUCAUUGGCCGUUUGUCAUUGGUUCCUGCGGCCUCCCAGCCAUUGUUACGCUGUCAGCCUCGUUCCACAGACCGACAAAUGCUUUAGGACGGAUUGAAUCCUGAAUCCUUCGCAAUGGAUGAUGAAUGCCAGAAGGAGGCGGCACCUGAUGGGGAAGUUAAAAAGAAACAACAGAAAGAUGCAGAGCUUGAUAAAAAGAUCGAAGCAUUAAGAAAAAAGAAUGAAGUCCUUAUACGACGGUAUCAAGAAAUUGAAGAGGAUCGAAAGAAUGCAGAAAAAAUUGGCAUGGCAGUCACCUCGCAGAGACCUAAACCAGAUAGCCUGACCAUUACAAUUACUAAAACAGCGAACGAGAAAAGAAUUGUAAGUGAAAGCUAUAUUGGCCUCAGUGACAGUGAGGAGGAAGAUGAGCAAAGUUUUACUUUCCGCAUGGGAAAAAAAGUUGAGCUGGAAGUUACAAUGGACAAUAAUUCUAAGGGAAAGCGAGUAGUCUCGAAGAAAGCUGGCCAAGAUGGUGCGCAUGCCAAAAUGGAACACUCUGGUUUAACUAAUGAGAGACGGAUGGAUCAUUUAUUCGCCUUUGGCAGAGGGCACCGUAUGCAGAUUGCCAUUACAAUGGAGAAAGAGUGUGCAAAGCGAAGCAAUGAAAGGAGGCAGAUGAACUCUACCAAAGAGCAACACAAGAGGAGUGAGAAAGGUUCUUCGAUGAACUGUCCAGUUGAAACGGUGAGUGAGCAGGAACGUUUAGAAUACAUGCGUUGGAAGAAAGAGCGAGAACAAAUUGACCAAGAAAGACUUGCCCGGCACAAAAAUUCUAAGGGCGAGUGGAGACGAGCGUGGGAUGCUGAGAAGACUCAAAAUAUGUUUGAUGGUGACUCUAACUAUACUGGCAUAAACCAAGAUGGAGGGAGAGGAGUUUUUGGUGGAAAAAGGGCUCUGGAUAAGCUGGCUGCGGGGGACACUAAAGGUACUGGGAAACAAGCACAGGCCGUAAUUGAGAAUGUGUCAAAACCAUUACCAGCCAUAAGCAGCAAUGCAAAAGGAAAAGACAGACUUACUGGCAGAGCCCAAAGGUGGGACACAGAAGAGUGGUUGGAUUCUGCCUAUGUGUCUGAAGGAAUUUCCGUGUUGGGAAUUUCAGAAUGCAGAGAUUAUUCUGGCUUUAUGUCACAACUUAAAAACACUGAAGUACUCAAGGGCUCUGAACAGUCUUUCAAGGAAUAUAAUAAUAAUAAUAAUAAUGAUGCUAAUAAUAAUGCUCCUGGGAGACACGAGCACGGCAGACAAAAGAGGCAAUCGGAAUGCAAAGAGAAUGUAACAAAUCCAUCUUUACACAGGGGCUUUGGCGUGCCCAAUGCUUAUCUAGUUACAUGCUCAGAAAUAUUACCUGAGAUGUCGUCUAAAGGUUUUGGCGAAGGAAUAUUAUCAGAAACCCAGUUUCACUUUCCCUCACAUAAAAGAGUGGUCAAGAAAGAUACUGAUGCAGAUUUAUCAUUAGAGAGUAGAGGAGUGGGUGACUACCUGUCAGUGCUGAACAGUGACUCAGAGCUGGCAGGCUUGGAAAAUGUGAGAAGCCAGGGAAGAGGCAAGGAAUGCUAUACUAAAACACAGGUGCACUGCUGUUAGCAUGUGAAAAUGCCUUGCUGAAGCCUAGAAGACUAAAGAGAAUCAUCCAAAAAAAUGGAUACUGUUUGGGGUUUUUUUUUGUUUCUCAUUAUGGGCAUGCUGAGAACCAUACAUGUUUUUUUUUUUGCACUAUUUACAUUUUGCUGUUUGGUUUUCACCUCUUCCUUAUCAAACGAAUAGCAUGUUACUACAUUUUGCAGAUUCUUUAUUGAAAAAUAUUUUUCCUAAUAAGACACUAAAGUAAGAAAACCUCUAUGCGCUCACAUACAUGUUUUGAUCUCUGUUAUGUUUCACACACUUGCUGUUAUUUGGGUACUUUACCCUUUCUAGCUACAGUUUCGUAGCUAGACAAAAUACUGUACACGUUUUCUCAUGUGGUUGCACCUUUCCUGCAUUAAACCUUUGAACUGA